AUGUUCCUUCCCACUGUGGCUAUCACUUUCUCUCUCUUUGGAGCGACCCUCUCUCAGUUCGUAUCUCCACCCACCAACCUAACCACUGCAACAGGAUAUGCAGGUUUCAAAGUUCGCUAUAAGCAAGUUCCGCCAGGAAUAUGCGAGCAAAGAUCCGACUUGAAAAGCUACGCGGGUUAUGUAGACAUUUCUCCUGACACGCAUAUAUUCUUUUGGUUCUUCGAGACCAGGAAUGGUAACCCUACGAAAGCACCUUUGACAUCUUGGAUCAAUGGAGGUCCCGGCAGCUCCAGCAUGAUAGGUCUUUUUCAGGAGCAGGGACCAUGUCGUGUAAAUUCGAUUGGAAAUGUCGUCAACAACCCAUAUGCAUGGACUGAGGCCAGCAAUAUGAUAUUCAUUGAUCAACCAGCUCAGGUGGGCUUCUCGUACUCGGUGCCUGUGCCUGGUUACAUCAGCCCCGACGAUGGGUCCGUUGUCCUCCUGCCGAACGGUACUUGUCCCAACGACAACAUCACACAAGGCACGUGCGGGACAUACUCAGAUCCCAAUGUCACGGACACGCCCACAACAACUUCAGCCGCAGCGCCCGCUUUCUGGGCCACUUUGCAGGGAUUUAUGGGGGCUUUCCCUCAAUAUUCGAGAGAAACCUUCCAUUUUUCCACAGAGAGCUACGGUGGACACUACGGGCCGGUUUUUAAUGAAUACAUCGAAAGUCAAAACGCUAAAGCCAUCCCCGGUGCGCAUAACAUCAGCCUUGAGACGGUUCUUAUUGGCAAUGGGUGGUACAAUCCUUUGAUUCAGUAUCAAGCAUACUAUAAUUUUACGGUGUAUCCGGGGAACACAUAUGACUACUUCCCCUACAACGACACUAUCGCUGCCAAGGUGUAUAAGAAUCUCUAUGGAACGGGCAAUUGUGUCGACCAAUUAAAUGAAUGCGCUGCCACGGGCAGCAACGUCAUAUGUUCGGCCGCCGACAAUUACUGUGCGGAUAAUGUCGAGUCAAUCUACGAUGAGGUCUUGAAUCGAGACGAGUAUGAUAUCCGAGAACUUGAGCCUGACCCUUUCCCCCCGGAGUUCUACGUGGCGUACUUGAACACGCCAAUUGUGCAAUCGGCCAUUGGUGCAUUCCAAAAUUAUACAGAAUACUCAGCAGCGGUGGGAGAUGCGUUCAAUACUACAGGUGAUGAUGGAAGAGAAGACGGAACCGUCGCAGACAUGUUGGAACUGCUGGAACAAGGUAUCACGGUCAUGAUGUAUACGGGAGAUGCAGACUAUAAUUGCAAUUGGCUCGGCGGCGAGGUGGUCAGUAACGAAAUAGGACAGCCGGGCUUCAAUUGCAGUGGCUACACCAAUGUCUUAACGUCUGAUGGCAUUGUUCACGGCCAAGUCAAGCAGAGCGGCGCGUUUAGUUUCGUGAGAAUCUACGAGAGCGGACAUGAGGUACCAUUCUAUCAGCCAGAGAUAGCAUUGGCUAUCUUUGAAAGAGCCAUAGCAGGAUUGGACAUCGCUACGGGAUUGGUCAAUGCGACUAGUGACUACCGAACAUUUGGCCCACCCACAAGUGACUACAGGGAGGGCAAUGCCACCGUUCAAUUUGAAGUCGUCAAUACUAAUACGACGUACAACACCACUACCAACGAGCCUAAUCCGCCUUUAAUGGGUCGUUUUGCAAAAAGGCAAGGCGAGCAGUUACACUACGGGAAGGUUUUAAAGCCAGUGAAGCUAUGA